UGAAGUAUAAAAGCGAUGGCAAACCUUCAGUUGCAUCGAAGACAUCGAAGUACUCUAUAAAACAUAAACAUGGCGAUAUUGAAACACGCGACGUGUCUACUACUGCUGUUGGCCGUCAUCAGCUUAGUACUGGGUCAAACAGCUCAAGGAGGACCUCAUAUAACCCAAGGAGGUGCCCAUGAAUCUCAAGGAGGCGCACACGAAGAUCAGGGCCGGGUUAAGAGACAGGCCGAACAAGAUGGCGACGAAGACUCAGGAGUUGUGAGCUGGACUACCUGCGAUCAAACUACGACGCCGAAAUAUUCUUGCCAAGACUGCACCACUCGUCUAAUCUGUCUACCGAUUGGUGGAAAAGUGCUCGCUUGUCCUAGUGUGUACAGGCCCUACUGCAACAACGGUCGCUGUUCCGCUAUUCCUAGCGCAGGCUGUGCUUAAGCUGUGUUUGUAAUGUUUAUGUUUCCAACGAUAGUAGGGAUAGAUACAUAUAAGUAUUC